CGAGCUCGUCGGCGACGGUUCUGAGGUCGGCUCCUGGUGCUGCGAGCUCGUCGACGGCGGCUCCGAGCUCACCGUUGAAGAUCCUGAGCUCGUCGACGGGGGCUCCGAGCUCUCUUCCCGACGUUCCGAGCUCGUCGGCGACGGUUCUGAGGUCGGCUCUUGGUGCUGCGAGCUCGCCGGCGGCGGCUCCGAGCUCGCCGUUGAAGAUCCCGAGCUUGUCGACGGCGGCUCCAAGCUCUCUUCCCGAUGUUCCGAGCUCGUCGGCGACGGUUCUGAGGUUGGCUCCUGGUGCUGCGAGCUCCUCGACGGCGGCUCCGAGCUCUCUUCCCGACGUUCCGAGCUCGUCGGCGACGGUUCUGAGGUCGGCUCUUGGUGCUGCGAGCUCGUCGACGGCGGCUCCGAGCUCGCGAAGAUCCCGAGCUUGUCGACGGCGGCUCCAAGCUCUCUUCCCGAUGUUCCGAGCUCGUCGGCGACGGUUCUGAGGUUGGCUCCUGGUGCUGCGAGCUCGUCGACGGCGGCUCCGAGCUCACCGUUGAAGAUCCUGAGUUCGUCGACAGGGGCUCCGAGCUCUCUUCCCGUUGUUCCGAGCUCGUCGGCGACGGUUAUGGGGUCGGCUCCUGGUGCUGCGAGCUCGUCGACGGCGGCUCCGAGCUCGCCGUUGAGGAUCCCGAGCUUGUCGACGGCGGCUCCAAGCUCUCUUCCCGAUGUUCCGAGCUCGUCGCUGGUGGUCUUGAGGUCGGCUCAUGGUGUUGCGAGCUCGUCGAUGGCGUCUCCGAGCUCGACGGUAGCUUUGAAUUUAAUGGCGGUUUCGGGUUCGAUUUCGUCCGUUGUUGCUUCGGGUUCUUUAUUGGUGAUAGAAUGUGGUCGUGAUGCGGAGGGUACGAGCUUGCCGCUUGCUAUCUCGAGUUCGCCGUUAUCGACGGAACCGUGUUGUGACGAAGCGGGGUUGAAUUCGUUGGAUGGGGAGGUUGUUCGUGAGCAGCUGUCUUUGUUGGUUCGUAAGAUGGAGCUUGCUGAUGGUCGCAAGUCGUGGUCGGAGAUUGCCGAAUCUGUCAUUGAUGUUGAGUUAGGUACUCUUACUGGAAGUGAAGCAGAAGACAGGGUAAGCGCAAGUUUGAGCGAGGAAGGGAUUGGGUUUCUUUUUGAUGAACAUGGGACUAAUUUAGCGGUGGAGCCUGGCGUUGAGGGGUCGAGGUUGUCUUUGACAACACCUCUUAUUGUCCCUAGUUCGUCAUCUUUGGUGAAGAAGACUAUGUUAGAAACUGUCCGGGAAUAUGAGCAGACGCGGCUGGCGAACUCUUCUCAAACUAAAGAGUCGUCGUCUGAAACUACAAGUUCCUCUGACGGUAGUUCAUACUCGAGUUCUCAUAGUGAUGAAUCUGCGGAUGGCGCUGAUGUUGCUAGUGAAUCUGGUAACGUUGCUGGAGAUGACAGACAAGAUGAUGUUGAAAUCGCUGGUGUUGAAGAUGAUGGUGCUGUGGGAAGCGCCGGUGGCGAGCAGAAUGGAACCGGUGACGUUAACGUUGAUGAGGAAAGUGAGCAAGAAGAGUUUGAUGGUGACGGUGACCAUGCUGCUAUUGGAGAUGAUGAGAUGGGUGACCGAGAUGGUGUAGAUGGACGUAGCGAUUUUAGUGGUGAGCGUGAUGAUUUUAGUGAUGAGCAUGAUAGUUUUGGUGGUGAGCAAAACGGUGUUAGUGGUAGUCCAGGAAUUGAUGUUGUAGGUGAUGGGAGUGAUGAUGGCGAUGGAGGCAGUGAUCGUCGAGCCGACGUUACCGAUAUCUUGAGAAAAAUAAAACAAGAAAGCUUGGUUGCCUCCCUUGCUGAUUCUCUUGAUGCCUUUGGUGAUCCUUGUGUUUAUUUGAAGAAGAAAAAGAGGGUUAGGAAGGUGAGUGAAAGGCCUAGGAGUUUCAUAGGUCUUCUUGUUAAUCAUCCGGAUCCAUCGGAGUCAUUUCCUUCUAUUGUUGAUGAGGAUACAGUGAAGUGGGUCUCAGCCAACUGUUGUCGUAAUGGUGUCAUAGAAGCGCGUAUCCCUGGCGAGGAUGAACGUCCGUGGACGGUUCCAGAUGGGUGGCUUUGUGUUUAUGACUUCUGGUUCACCGAGUAUCAUUUGUGGUUUCCUCUCCCGAGGUUGCUGCUGGCGUAUUGUGAUGAACAUCUUAUUGCACUCGCUCAGCUUACUCCUGCUGCGAUUCGAAACGUAGUUGCAGCUUUGUUUACGGCCGCGGAUAUUGGUGUUCACAUGAGCCUAUGUUUGUUUGAAAGCAUAGCGCAUAUUACUCGGUGUGAUAAGACAGACGGAGCUUUUUAUGUGUCUAUGAAGGCUGGCUAUGGUGUUGUUGGGGAGAGGAAGAGAAAAACGUUUUGUUGGAUUAAGAAGUUUUUUUAUGUUCGAAUUGCGCCUUCGUCGGUCCCUGAUGUUUCUGAUAUGAGUGUCUCUUUUAGGAGUUUUUGGAACCCUUACAAUGGUCGUCAUUUAGUUGGUGUUCCUCUUGCUCCUGGUGAAAGUGAGUGCGUGGAAUACUUCAAGGAGACGAAGGCUCGGGAUUGGACUGUGGUGAGGCGAUCGGAGGUUUGGCGGCGCAUCCCGUUUAUUGACUCAGCUUGUUGGAGAAAGAUGGAUUUGAGCGAGAGUCCGAGUUUGGUUGACUGUUCUGCUGGAGGUAGUGACGAUGCCCCUGUUGUGGAGUCUGGUCAGUGUACCGCUGGUGUGGAGCCUUCGGCACCUGCUUGUGGUAUUGUUGUGGGUCUUACUAGCACGACAGCUCCUGUACCGCCCGCUGGUAUUUCAGGAAAGGAAGUUGUUGUUGCUGGCAGUGAGAAGGUUUUGAAGAAAAGAGUUGCCGCUGGUCGUUCUUUCAAGGACUCGCAGGCUUCGAAAUCUCGCAAAGUUGCGGGCUCUGAUGUUGAGCUGCCUUUGGUGGUUGAGUCGCCUGCUGCGGAGAAGGCUACUUUUGAACCGUUUUAGCAUUCGUUUAUCGGUUUGCCCUCGGGAUGUGGUGAUCUUUUCAAGUUGUUUCAAUCACCUGGUGGCGUUGAUGGUUUGCCUUUUGACCAAGUUAGGCGCGGUGAGUGGUAUCAGGAGUUUGCUCGUCACUUGGCCAUUGC